AUGAAUCACAACACCAACAUCCACUUUGGGAACCGGACACUGAUCCCACACGAUCUCCACGGCCGGAGUUACCAAGACCCAGCCGUAAGCAUCGUGCCACAUCCGUUCCCUCCCAACCGCGCUCAUCCGACGUUUGAAGGACCUAGCCGAGACGAGCAUCAUUACCAUCAUCAUCAAAACCGACCUCCGGUUUAUCAUCAACCACCUAGACCAGUGUUGCAUUCACACCACGACCAUGUUCUCAAUAGGCGGAGAGAUAGCCAUUUCGAUGCCGUGCUUGAGGGUUUCAUGGAGAGCCAAAGAAAAACUAGCCGCGACAUUGAGACAAAGCUAGAGUUCACGCGAUACGAACUAGAUGGAAGACUUGGAGAACUCUCUACCCAAAUAGAGAGAGUAGAGUCAAGAUGCUUGGACAUGGAGGAAGAUUUGAAGAAGCAAGGCGAGGCCAUUGAAGACAAUAGGAGAGCGAUACACUUUACCAAAGUUUCUACCAAGGAGAUGGACAAUCACUUAGAUGAGAAGAUCUCAAGUCUUGAUAACAACCUCGAUGGCACCACCAAGAGUCUCAAUUCAAUAACAGCAGUAGCUCAUCAAGCUAAGAGGGAGGUAGCCGAAGUGAACUAA